AGUACAACUCCACUCCUGGCUCAACUUUUUUCAGCUCUGCAGAGACCUAAAUAACGUUAACCAUCACUCCGAAAUGAGACAGUAAAGAAUUCAUUCCCCCAGAUAAACUGAAGAAUAGAAAUGUUUCUCCAGAUAAUUUCACCAUAUAUAAAACCAUGAAGAUAAUUGAAGUUUUCUUGAAUUCUGCUUUCCCCGUUUUCCCUUGAAGUUUUACUGUGAGCAAUUAGUUUUAAAUAAUUUUCUAUUAGAGGACUCUUUUUGGCACUGUCUCAUCAAGAUGAUUACAUCAUGUCCAAAAAGUCCAGAAACAUCAAGGUUUUCAUUGAAUUCUCUUAGAAAAGGAAAUGCACCGAUUAAUGCAGUUCUUUCAAAAAAUAUACCUUCAGAAACUCUUACACCAUUAAAAGAUUUAGUAAAAUAUAAAAACAACAAUUUAAAUGACAACAACAAUACAAAUGACCUUGAGGAACAUUUGAGCCCAAAAGUGGAACAUUGUAAGAGUGAAAUCAAUUCACUGCAGUCAACAAUAAUUGCUGGUAAUCUUGGCUCUGACAAUUUUUCUGAUGGCUCUGAUGGAAAAGCUAAUGAACAAAAAGAAGCAACAUUUUUUGCAAGUGAGGAAGUUUUCAAAAACAACAAAACUUUUGACAUUGUAACCUAUGACUCUCCUGCAAAAAUAUUUCAAAAAAUGAAAACAAGGUCACUACAAGCUUCACAGAAGUCACUAUUUACAGAUGGUACAUCGUUGGAGUUACAGAAGAGUCAAAGAGAUAUAAUCUUGAGUCCUGUUUCACUAGAGAAAAGUAAUCUGGAGAAAACUUUUAUUUCUGGCUUUCCUGAUUGUCAUAAAGUAUCAUCAGAGAAUCAUUCUUUUUCAGGUGAACCUCCAAUUUCUUCAGGAAGAAAAGCCUUUUCCCUAGCCAAAGAAGCUCCCCAGAUAAAUUUCCAGAAUAAAUUUUUCUUUCCAGUAAAACAAAAGAUCCUACAUCAGCAGGAAAAUCAUUCGUAUCAGCAAAAUUUAACUUAUGACAUUACAGCUUCAAAAGAAAAACAUGAAAACAUUUCAACUUCAGUAAUUCUGAGUGAGGCAUUAGCCAGAUCUGCCAGGUUCAUUCAAGACGAUGAAAACAGAGUUACAAGUGUUGAAUUCAGCAUGUCUGAUACCCUUAUUUUGGAAAGCAUCGACGCCGAUGAUGAAAGAUCUCAAAGUCCUCAUAUUAAUGGUAUCAGUACUGACUGUGAACCUGCUAACCCUGGCAGCCAGUUACCAAAAUGUGACAAUGAAAUGUCCACAAAAGGAUUAUUAGGACAGGAAAUGAGUGAAGAAAAUGAAGAAAAACUCUCUAAGACUGUCCAACAGGGUUCUACCUCAGAUAUGUUUAAAGUUUUGAUUUCAGCUCCUAAAACUCACAUAGCAGCACCGGAGAAAAAAGUUUCUAAGGUUUCCACAAAUGUAUCACACUCCAGUAAAAAUGCAUUCAGUACCAAAAAAAAGGAAAUUUGUCUCCAGAAAUGGAUGAUUAGAAACAUGAAUAAUAAUACAGCUGUGUGUGUAGAAGGAAAAUUGAUAGAUACUCCUGACUUAUAUUGGCAUAGUAAUGCAAUUGUUGAACGUCUUGACUACAACAGACUUAGAACUAUAUCAGGCAAUAUCUAUGUAUUAAAAGGAACAAUAGACACAGUUUCCAUGAAGGAAGCAGGGUUUCCAGCUAAUUUUACUAGGAAGUUUAUAUUUGGAUUUCCAAAAAAUUGGAAACUAUACGUUGACGAUUUGUUACAAGAAUUAAGGGCAUGUGCUAAAAAAGGAAAAAAAUGCAAACUUGAUCAACAAGAAACAGACAAAUCUGUCUUUGAUUCGAGGAUAAAAAAAAGUGACACAUCAGAAGAAACUGGAACAGAAAUGAUCCCCCAAAGUGCCAAAAUUAAAAAUACUACUUAUGAUGUUUCUGAAAACUGCUCUGAAAUAUCUACUGAAUGUGAUGCUUUACAUAAAGUUACAGAAUUAAACAUGGUUAAUAAUGAUCAACAUCUAAAAGUACCUUUAAAAUUGCGGUGUAGCGAACAUACUAACUGUGAUAAUCAAAUGAAUGUCACUUUCCAAACUGGAGGAAAAAACUGCCUACCUAAAGAGGAAUCAGCUGCAAAAAAUGAAAGUAAACAGAUGAGUUCUCCAAAGAAAAGCAAAAAUCAUGAAGCUAAAACAAAUGAAAAAAUAUUUAAAAGUCUAAAGAGAGUAAGAAAGAAUGUAGUUAAAGACAUCACUCAAGAGCUGAUUGAGUCCAGUGAUACACAGUCUUCAAGGGAAGAGUUUCUUUCAGAUACAGAAAAAAUGGAAUGUAUGAAUAACAGAGAAAAGAAACUUACUGUCAUGUUAACACCUAUGAAUUCUAGAAAAAUAUUGGAGCAAAAAUGUAGAGAGCAUAAUUUGUCCAUUACCACCAUAAAAAGAAUCUCAGAGCUUGCUUUGCCAAAGCAUAAAGUAAAAAAUGAUGGCAAUAAAACUGACUUGAAGAAAAAUAAAAACAACAGAUUGUUAAGGUCUUUAGAAAAAACAUUUGGAAAUGGCUUAGCAUACAAAAGUGAGAAUGAGGAAGAUACUGGUAUAUACGCUUCAGUCACCAUUAACCAGAAAAUCAAAGUGCCAUCACCUCCAAAGGAGCAAAGUUCUACUUCUGACUUUGAGAGAAAGAUAAAGAAAUCAUUAAGACUAAAGAGAAUUGAUCCUCCUGGAAGUAGUUCAUCCCACAAAAUUCAAACCAAGGGGACAGAGAUCUCUAGUCAAGAAAGUGAAACAGAAGAGGAAUCCAAAAAGAAGGCUCAAGUUGGGAUGAAAACAAGGCAGAAAGAUACCAAGGAAACUAUAAUUGACCAGUCAAAAUGCAAAAGAAAAGAUAGUAGGAAAAGCCCAGUGAUAAUAGAACAUGAAAGUGAAGAGAGUGAUAAAGAUGUUCAUUCCAAGACGAAGAAAUCCAAUCCUUCUUCCAACAAAACUAUUCAGAAGAUUGGUAACAGAAGAAAGUUUUCAUCAGCAGAGGUAAUGGGAUCUAGAAAAACAAAGAAGCAGCCUUUGGAAUGUUUUCCAGAUUUAAUUAAAGAGGAUAAUAGCACUGAGAAGGAGUUACAGAAAUUUCAAGGGGCUUUGUCAUCUGUGCCAAAACAAAAACAUGGUUUCUGGUUGAAUGUAGCCACAGCUAUGGGUCCUCGGACUGCAGAGGAAUCCCAGAAGAAACAUAUGGAAGAGCAACAAGGAAGGGGCUCUCAGAAACGUGCCGUGAAGAAAAUACCUAGUCCCAAAGUUUCAAAUGGCCCAGGAGUUGAUACUGAUACAAACCAGCCUGUAAGGAUAACUGCUAGAGUGGGAACUUUAAAAAGAAAACAGCAAAUGAGAGAUUUCCUAGAACAGCUGCCUAAGGAUGAUCAUGAUGAUAUGUUCAGUGGAUCGCCUUUGCAUAAUCAAAGAAUACAGUUACCAAAUUUUGAAGUCAGUCAGGAUGAUGAUUUCCCACAUAUGGACAAAGAUCCAACAACUCCAUCUUCAGUUAUUUAUCCUUUGGCAAAAACCCCCCAGUGUCAACAUGUCAGUCCUGGCAUGCUGGAAUCUGUAAACAGGAAAGAUUGUGAUAAAUAUGUGUUCCAGAUGCAAAAGGAUAAUAAAACUCAUGGAGGUAUUGUGUGGGCCAAUGUCAAGAAGAAACUGGUUGGAUCUGAUUUUACAACUCCAACAUCUAGAAGAGCUCAGUGUAACAAAGGAAUUAAACCUGAUAUUGGAAAACUCUUCAGUCAUACUACAAAACUGAAUUUUGAUGAAGAAGAACAAGAUGAUUAUUUCUCCAACUCUGACCCUGGGGAGUAAAGUCAGAACACACAAAUUCCAGAGUUUAUUUAACACCAUAACACACACUUGUAUAUAAAGUACAGUGCAUUUGUAUUAAUUUGAAAUGCCAAUAUUUUCUCUGUGAGAUUGUUUUAUAUAAAUGUUAAUUUUUUUACUUUUUUCUGUUUAGUGUACAAAUUAAGCAUUUUUUUCUACUUUCUUUGCUAAUAUUCAGAAGACAUGAAAAUCUAACUAAAAAUGUAAAGAAGCUUUUUUCUUUGUAAAUACUUUUUAUAAGUGAUUGUUUUUACCUGAUGUUUUAUAUAUGUAUAUAUAAAUAUAUACAUAUGCUUAUAUGUAUAUAUACUUGACAACUCUUUUUGUUUACUCUAUGAAUGUUUCAAAUGUAUAUUAGGAAAAAUCUGUAUCCCUAGGCCCUGAGAAAUUCUCACCAAAUGCCGUAGUGACUUUUUUUUUUGGGUUAAUUUCAUAGAAACCUUGUAAUAGCAUACAUGUCCAUGUGUGUAUAUAUAAGUUUCACAGAAUGUUGGGUCUAGCUUAUACUAACAUUGGAAGUUCUACUUGCUUUUGUCUUUCUGGGAUAUAAUUUUCUUUUGCCUUCAGUUCAUUUAUUUUUUCCAAUUUUAUACAGAAUAUGAGGAUUUCAUACAAUCCAAAAUAAAUUUCCUUAUAGUUACUAGUUUGAUGCUUGGACUCAAAUACUAGCUUUUGUUGUACUCUUAACACUUUUAUAUUUGAGUGUGAACCUGAGUCCCAACAGUAGAUAACUAAAUAAAAUUAUUUUAAAAAAAAAUAAUAAUAACCCCCAAGGCUUUAAGCUAAUUUAUAUUUAAUUAGAAUAUUAUCUGUUAUGUUCCAGGUUUAAGUUUGGACUAUAGUUUUCUAUGUGAACUCAUUUCAGAUUUCAGGUUUUUCCUUCUACUAAUAGUUUCAGACUAGCUUUUUUUAAACAAGAAUUUUUCCAUUUAUUUUGUCAUUUUAGAAAUUGACAUAGAGAUCAUCACUUGAAGUUACAACCCAUAUUCAACCACCUCAAGUGCACAACCAACUUAGUGCUCUACAAAUAAAGCUCUAAGGUUUUUGUAUUUGUUGGUGUUAUUUUGACUUGGCCUGAUAUCGGAUGGCAGCAGGCUCGAUAGUUUAGAUUUGAAGUGGGAAGUGUGUAAUGUUCCAACAGUUCCCUUUCUUAUGCAGUUUCAAACUAAUGGGAAAAUCUCCCAUGGUUUUUAGUAGAAAAAAAACAAAGAACUUUUCCCCUCAGAGUUCCUUUUCUCCAUCAUCUUCAAGAAAAGGCUUUAAUAAGUAGCAAGGUUGUAGGAUGUAUAGAAGCUCCAGAAGAGAAAGGAUAAAAUAGACAUGUGAUAACUAUUCUGUAAUAUUAUUAUCCCUUAAAAUAGGAUGAUGGAAUUACCUACAAAUUAAGACACUGAAUGAAAUUUGGACAUAUCAUGAAGCAAAAACAAAAGGACUAUGUGGCAUGAAAAUUUUAUAGAAGACACUAAAGGGAGCUUCCAGAUAAUUGGGAGACUUCACAAGACACUUGGAGGUUUAGGAACAGAUGUGAUAUGAUUUGCCUAAGACCACAUAACCAAAUUAGUGGAAGGUUUGGAACCCAGGGCUUGCCUUUCUUAAUCCAGGCCUGUUUUCAAUAUGCCAUGCUAUCUCCCAAAAUUGACCAGUUGUAAAAUAUUUUUGAUACCGAAUUAAUGUUACUUUAGGAUCUCAAGGAAUAAUUUGAAAGAGGAAAUUGACCAAAUUCUUUACAUUUAAUAACUUUUUUUUUUGGGGGGGGGGGGGGCAAUUGGGAUUGUGAUUUUGUCCAGGGUCACAUAGCUAGUAAGCAAUUAACAACAAAAUUUCUAAAAUUGAUUUUGUAGUAAUUUAGUCACCAUCCCUUCAAAGAUCAACCCUUGCAUAGAAUUUACCUAGCCUAAUGAGGUUUUACAGCAAACUAGCAGAGGUCUCCAGACAUUAAUGGAAUGCAUUGGUACCAAGACCAUGUAGCUAGACCAGCCCAUUACAGUCACAUUAAGAUUACAGUGAAGAGUAGUCAAUAGAAUUACAAGUUGCAACUCAUGGUAUACUAUUGCUCCAAAUGUAUCUUCUAAAACCCUGCUCCAAGACUAAGUUAAACAGGAAAAUAUGUUUGGAGAUCCUUGAGAUAACUAAAGCUUCUUAAAAUGAAUACAAGUGAGUCCGGAUUGUACAGAAUUUUAAAAUAUUUUGUUUUCCAAUCAAUGACCUAAAGUUCUCAUGUAUGAGAAUUAUGUAGCAUAUUGUUUACAACCCCCCCCCCCAAGUUCCUUAACAAAUCUGAAUUUCCCCCUUAUUUGCGUGAUCUACAAAUGUUUUAAUAAAAUUAUCUUCCCAUAUUUCAUUAAUCCUUUUCCUCUGGUUAAAAAAUGUGAACUAUCUUAAAAUCUUUGGUGAAUAAUUUUGGCAUGUGCAUAGUAUGCAGAGUGCAUAGUAUGCAGAGUGCAUAGCAGAGAAAGACCUGGCUUCUGAGCUAGGAACAUCUGGAUCCAAGUCCCUCCAGAGAAAUGUACUGGCUAUGUGACCCUGAGAAAACCAGCCUUUCAGUGCUUUAGGCAAUUCUUCCUCUGCAGAGGUGGAUGAUUGCAUUGGUGAAUUUCCUUACCAGAGGCUUCCUAAACCAGUGUAAUCACAGCUCCAUUCCUUAAGCUAGUUUUGAUCUAUUGUGCUAUGACUGUUAAUGAGAUGAAGAGAUAUGGACCACAUGAAAAUAGUUACAUGAACUUGGAAUGAAUGUAUUGGACUCAGAAGAAUCAUUUUUAAUGAGUCAAAUGUCCACAUGAAAUGUCUUUAAUGCAAGACCCUGGGAAUCCCUCUACCCUUGGACUUUUGCUGUUCAACAGAAGGAAUCUUUAUCAGAUUUGCUAAUGACAAAGCUGGAAAGAGUAGCUAACUUUGGAUGAUGUGACCUAAAAAUAUAUCAACAGGCCAAGUCAAAUAAAUUGAAAAUUAAUAAGGAUAAAUAUAAAGUCAUAUACUUGUGUUAAAAAAAAAAUUGUUCACAAGUACAGUAUCUGAAUUGCAGUCAAUUUGCAUCAACAGUAGUAUGUU